AUGACAUGCGGCAAAUCUCUGCCGAACCACAAGUCGAACAUGAGGCGCCACCGGGUCACCUGUGGUUGCGCAGCUCUGGUUCAGCCUUCGGAUAGCGCUGGGGGAAAUGGCACCGAUACGCCCACGACUGCCACCACCAAUGCCACGGGCACGCCGGUCUUCGACGACUCCUUCUACAUGUUUAUAGACUUCAACAAUGCGUAUGGUUCCAUGAAUGGGAAUCCUUCUGGGCCCUUUUAG